AAGACCUGGCCAGCACUCUCACAGCACCUCACAAGAACCUGCAUGAAGCGCAAUCUGCAGGAUAUCCCAGGUGCUGUGGCAAAGGCUAAGACAGAUGCCCAUGAAAUCCUGGUUUCAGGACGUGUCUUCACCUUUGACCAGAUCAAAAACAUCAUGAGGACUGCACGUCCAUUACACAACAUGAUUGAAGAGCUGCAGACGCGGCAUUUCGUGGUGCGAGGCAUCCCGUCCGACUUCUACCACAGUGCUGCCGGGCAGCAACCUGGAGGUCAUCUGGCUCAGAAACUUUCAGGUUGGGCUGCAGCUGAGCAGAGUGACGAGUCUGAAGGAGGGGGAAGCAGCAGCAGUGAUGAGACUUUUCAAGAUGAGCCAAAUGCUGGGUGGCAAACCGACAAAAGACAACAGAUGCUUGAUAGGGGUCUUUACGACAAGCACUCCAGGGAUCACAAAUUGCUCAGAGACUAUGCUAGAUAUCUCCACAAAAAACGGCAGAUUGAGAAUUACAGACAAGAUGUGGCCAACGUAGCAAGAUACCUGUACUACAUGGACCCCAAGGAACCUUCUCUUCAAUUUGUCCUGAACAAAGAGAAGACCCAGCAGUACCUCAGGGACCUGACCCAAGCCGGCCUAAUGAAGCAGACGCAGAUCAACUAUCUGAAAAACCUCAAACGUUUCCUGAAAUUCCACACCUAUCACACUGACCUGAAGAAGCGCGACCCCAAGCUUCAUGGCCACUGUGUGGAUUUCAUUGAGUUCUUGGGUUUGCAACAGGGGACUUUAUCCAAACAAGUGAGCAAGGGAGCUGGUAAGAAAGAGGCAUAA